AUGCCUCUCAAAUCCGACUUAACUAUUGACGCAUCGAAGUUCGACCAUAGUCAAGUGGACAAGGAAACCGAAGAGUUCAACAAGAAACUGAUCAAGAUAUGGGCGGAUGGCCCUCGCUGGUAUGAGACGCGACUAAACGACGUUACACAGGUUGGUGCCGCCGAAUAUCGAAGAUUAAGAUGGGAAGGCAAGACGCCGCUCCCCAAACCCGUCGUUCUCCCUGAAGGAAUCAACGGCACUGUACCGUCUCGAGACGCUGGCCGCGAGAUCCCGUACCGCGUUUUCAAACCCGCGAAUGGAGUCUCGAAGGGGAUCCAUUUGCAUAUUCAUGGCGGUGGAUGGGUGCUUCAGUCUGAGCAUUACCAGGAUCCAUAUCUUAAGUACAUGGCCGAUCACUACGACUUGACGGUCUUCUCGGUGGGGUAUAGGCUCGCGCCUGAGGACCCCUGGCCCGCUGGAGCGCAUGAUUGCUAUGACGCUGCGGAGUGGUUGGUUAAGAAUGGAAAGGAGAAGUUUGGCGGAGAGCUGAUGUUCACCGGCGGCGAAUCCGCAGGCGGCCACCUAGCCUGCCUUGUGGCCCUCUACCUCCUCAAGAAAACACCAGACUUCGCCUUCAAAGGCCUGCUACUGCACUUCGGCUGCUUCGACCUCAGCGGCUUCCUGCCGCACGUGAUCCACCACGACCGCUCGCUGGUCAUCGACUUCGACGUCAUGAAGUCCUACAUCGACGCGCUGCUGCCCAACACCGACUCGAUGCAGCGCCGCGACCCGACCAUCUCGCCCUUUUUCGCCGACCUGCGGGGCAAGAAGCUGCCGCCCGCGCUGUUCACGUGCGGCAGCGAGGAUCCGCUGCUGGAUGAUACGGUGCUUAUGGGCGCGAAGUGGGGGAUGUGGGGGCAUGAGGGCGUGGUGAAGAUUUAUAGGGGCGCGCCGCAUGGGUUUAUUAUGUUCCCACCGGGGACUAUUGGGGCGGUGCAGGAGGGGUUGAAUGAUAGUGAGGCGUUUGUGAGGGAGAAGAUGGGGGCGUAG